GUUCCCGGUCAUAGUUCACCUUUUGACUGACAGAAAACUAUAAGGUUACCUGUGCAGUCCCAAAUGUUGCCAGGUGGGUUUCACGCUCUGUUGCCCGGCCGAACAAAACAGCCCCCAACCGACCGUACAAAACAAGAGGAUCGCGUUCGCGACACAAUGCACAGGCGCGCCUAGCACCGCAGUAUUACCUUACAAGUUUACCCCAAGCUUCCCUCGCCCGUGUCCUGUAUACAGUAACUAGUGCACAACAGUGCUGAGACCUAAAGAGAGGGGACAACACUUUUGUUGUGAUUCUGUGUGCAACAACCCGUUUCAGAAAGGUCAGAAUUCUUUCAAUAAGGUCGGGCCGUUAAGAGACCAACAGGGGCGAUGUCACAACACUCGAGACCUAUCGACAUGGAGCCGACGGUACAGUACUUCAUCACUGUGAAGUAUGGAGACAACCAGACGGAAAUUUUCAACCCCCACUGCAAGAGCCAACUGUUACUGAAGUGCAUCAAGCAGAAGUGCAGGUGCGAACUACUGGACCACGAUGCGGUCAUUGACCUAGCGGACGAUCAGGGGAACGUGAAAAACUUGUCCGAGAGUCAAACCAUUUCCACCUACGCUAACGACGUCCUGGAGCCGAGAGGUGUCUACUUCCUCAUCAAAGUCAUAAAAAGUGAAGUUGAGAACGAACCCACACGAUAUGAACCCAUCAUCAGCAACACAGAGAAAAACUGCCCGGGUUUGUCAGAUCGUUUGAAUCGCUCCACUAAGUCCCAGGCUGGCAAUAGGAAAGGCUGGGCGAACCUGAAGAAAAGACUCCCAGCAUCCUCUGCGCUGUCCGCCAUUUCCAAGGCCACUACAAAAUCGGGAAAGAAAAAUUCAGUAUCAAAAUGACAUAUAUAUCUCUCUCCAUACUAGAUUAGUUAUCAUAGGUUUUGCAUAAAAUAUCAUCACUGCGUACCCAUAGUUUUCUAGUUCGAGGCAAGAUAUGAA